AUGGCUACUGUCCCAGCGGAGGACGAGUAUAACCUGCAGGAGGCAUGGGACAAGGCAUGCUUAUCCUUUGCGGCGACAACGAAGGUCGACCUCACUCAAAAACCGAAAUUCUCUAUUGACGAAGUGCUUGACCAAAUUCGUCAGAAGCAAAAUGAAAACAACGAGAAAGACAACAAAUACAAGACCGCAAAAGAUGUGAUCAGCAAAACGUUAAACUUUGUCAUGGUUCUGGGUGGUAUCGCUGCUGAGGGCGCUAGUAUGGUAUUUGCGCCAAGCAGCCUCUGCUUCAAUGCCAUUGCGUAUCUCAUUGACACUGGAGCGAAGUACAAGCGCAUUUUCAGUAGCCUCUCCGAUCUGUUCGGUCGUAUCUCCGAUGUUCUAGAACGGUGCAAGAUCUACCUGCGCUUGCCCGCGAACGCGGUUGAUGUCGCUCUCCGAAGGAUUAUUAACGAAGAGCUUGUGUGUUUCGUCGAUAUCUGCGCGUUGUCAAUCAAAGUCCUUAAAGGCAACAAAGUUCUCAUUGCGCUGAAGGUCUUUGCGUUCGAUGCCGAUGAAGGCGUGAGUGAACAGCUAAAUCGACUGGCUACGCUGGUAGAGCGCGAGUCCCAGAUGCGGGCCACGCUGGGAUUUGAGUCGCAGAAGACAAGUGAAAAGAACAUCAUUGAGACCAGAGACGGAACUAAAAAGAUCACCGUGGGAGUCGAUACACUGCUGAAUUCCGAGAAGAAGAAAGAAGCAGACAGUGCUGCCAAAAGGCUCCUAGCCAAGAUUGAUUCCAGCCUCGGCAAUCCCAGUGAUGCUCUUAAGACCGUCUCGGCAAGCCUCGGGCAGAUCUUGAGCGAGCAGGUCCAAGGAAGCGGCGAGUGGCUUCGGAAGCAUCCGCUGUACAAGGCGUGGGAAUCCUCCGAGCACUCUGCAUUUUCGGUUUUCGGCAUCUCCGGAGGCGAAGGAUAUGGCAAAUCGUUCCUCUUUGCGACUGUUGUUCAACAUCUGCAAGAACUUCAUUCCGCCUCCCAAGAUGAUAUGACAUAUACAUCCACUGCCUACUAUAUCUUCGAUCAAGAGAAGAGUCAUACAUCUUUGGUCCAGGCCCUGAAGGUCCUUGCCUGGCAGAUCGUCAAUAAAGAUGUUGUUUAUCGCAAAGAUUUGAGCUCCGUGAAGGCAACUGGUAUUAACCAGGUCGGUAGUCUUUGGGAGGCGCUCUUCUCUAAAUCAUACAAGAGCGACUCGACCUUCUUUCUCCUCCUAGACGGGGUUGAUCUAGCAGACAAGACAGAAUUGAGAGAGUUCAUCCACCUCCUAGCCGAAUUGCAGGCUUCAUCUGCGACUUGGCCACGGUUCAAGCUCCGCAUUCUCCUCACUGGUAGACUGGAGACAAUGAACAAAAUCCAAAAUUACAUGUCCGAAGGAAUGUCAAUGAUCAAUGUGGCAUCCGAGAACACCGACGACAUGAAAAGGUUCAUUACCGACCGAAUGGACAAGAUGGAGAUUCUGAGCGGCGAUUCAGAUCAGGUGCUCUCUCUUCGGCGCGAGAUUUUGGAGAAUUUGGCCACCAAGACUCAUGGUGAUUUCAUCAAUGUUGGCCUUCUGCUACAUGAAAUUAGCGAAAAACAACGUCCCGGUGAGAUCAGGGACAUUCUAUCUCGAUCAGGAGAAAAGCGGUCGGACACUAUCGCGCGAAAGAUCGAAGUCCUCAAUGAGACGCUCAGCGCGGACGAUAUAGCUGAUCUCAACAUCAUUCUCACGUGGGUCAUCUUUGUCUUCCGGCCAUUUAGCCUCUCAGAGUUGGAGUCAGUCCUCUUCUUCAAGACUGGAGAACCCUCCCUUCGGCCCCUGGCGGAAAAGAUAACGGACUAUUAUGCCUCCAUUCUCCAAAUCAAGGGCAAGCCCCAUCCGGAGACCAAGAUAAUCUCGCCCUACUCACACGUAACGCUAGUCUCUGACUCGAUCAAGGAGUUCCUUCAAGAUAAACCGGAGUCUGACCAGAUUGCAAAUCCCCAAGACAUGGAUCUCAGCAGGGAUAUCACCGACGCCGAGAUCAGGAUUGUUCGUCGGUUCCUAGAAUCGGUCUGUGAUCCCCAACUGUUCUCUAAAUUCGGAUUCGAUGGCUUCUUUCAGCAGAAACUCCAAGGCAACACAGCACGAGUCAACAUCAACGCCGACACCGCACAUUUGAGGAUUCUGGUGACUUGCUUGGAAUCCAUCCACUCCACAGCGACAGCCGGCAAAACCUUGCUGCAAGCGUAUGCCUGUUUCUACUUUGGCGAUCAUCUCAGGCAAGCGGACCCUUCUCUGACCCAACCGCAACAGAAAACGGCGCUUGGUCCGCAAUUGGUCAAUCUAUUUACAGAUGAGAGCAUCAUCAGGGUGUGGUGGACGCCCCAGUCACAGUUCCAUCGGAUGGAUUGGAUUUACGACGAUUCAUACUCCGAGGUUGUAACAAAAUGGCUUCAAGACUCUGCCGUCUCCAAGGGCUUCACUGAAGAACAAAGCCAAUGGGUGAGAAAAUUGAGUUCCAAGUCUGAGCUUGAUGCAGAUAUCCUCGAGCAUCUUGUCAGGAACUCCGCUCGACUUUGGUUGCAGGAGGGUAUGAAUCUCGACGGCAAUUUUCCUGUGGUCCAUGGAUUUAUCACAAAGAUUGAGAAUCGGAAGGAUCCUAAGGUCAAAAGAUCGACCGAUGACCCCAAAGCCGAUACCAUCGAAGUCUCCCAAAUCCUCGAUGCUGCUGAAUGGGCUCGACGGCAGCUAGGGCUGGAUAGCCUUGGAUAUGAGGAGACUCGUAACCUAGCGCGCACAUUCAGGGAGUACGGCAAACACGAUAAGGCUAUUGAAUAUUUCAAACUUGCGUCUUCAUUGCAGGAGUAUAAUUGGUUCUCACAGUGGGGCCUUGCGACCUGUUAUGCGUACCAGAAAGAGUGGGCACUGGCGAUAGAGACGAUAGAGGGACUCAAGAAUAUGAUCAAGUGCGGCGACAACCGUGACGAUGAUCUGUACCUGCCGGACUUGGAUCGCGAUCUGGCCAGUUACAUUCGAGAGAGAGGUGAUAGCGGCAAAGCGCUUGAGAUGUAUGAAGCGAUCCUGCGAGAAUACCCGAACGACUACGACGCGUCUUUGGGGAUAAUUUUGCUUUAUCACAAGGAUGACAACCCGGAGGGCCUGCUCAACUUUUUGGAAUCGCUCAAGGACUCCACAGAUGAUCAAGCGGGUCUAGACAGGCGGACGCGGACGUUCCACCUUCAUUGCGAUAAUGGUGAAUAUCACGAAGCACUUUUCAGCCUCAGUUCCGAAGGCAAAACCUUCGAUGCCAUCUUUGAAGGCUACCAGACUGCCAUUGCUGCCGCCAAAGAGCAGAUUGGCAAGGCAGUGAAGACGGGUGAUCCGAUGGAGGCGCAGUAUCGGAGAUGCCAGGCCACUCUUAUGCACAACCUUGCGAUUCUCUGCUUUGAGAACGGCUCUGAUAUUCCCGAACGAAGGAGAUUCGCUAUCGCCCAAUGGGAAAGUGUCCUACAAAUUGAAGAUCACUCCGAUGAAUACUACCUGAAUCUCACGAAAGGGUAUUCCCGUGAUAAGCUCGCGACCGCUUAUUUCAAGGAGGCAUGUCGGGAUCCUAGUACGGCCACCACAUUGCUGCAGCGCUUGAAGGAACUAGGCUCAUACAAGCCCAAGUAUACAUACAGCGAGAUGACAUCGUACGCAACAGAACUUGCCGCGCGAUAUCACGCUCUGCAAGGUGAUUACCAAAAGGCCAUAGAUGUCCUGCGGCCGGCAGUCAAACACAACAUGGACAUGCUCUCUGAUGACGAUCCGCUCAAUGACUGGCAGGGAUAUCAAGGCUUGGCCAGGGCUUUCAUGCGCGCGGGCCAAGAUGCAGAUUGUCUCGCCGCGUGGUCAUUGAUUGCCCCCUUCAAUGAUGCAAAGAAUGCAGAGGACCAAGCAGAGUUUCCGGAAACUGAAAGCAGAGCACCCAUGUGUUAUUGUGACGGGCAAUGUGGGACUACAUGGACGGUCCCAGAUGACCUCUAUGUCUGCAGAGAGUGCUACGACAUACAGUUCGACCUGCCGUGCUUGAACAAAUUGCGCGAAGGGACACUCAAAGGAAGGGUAUGUGGCAAAGACCACGAUAUGCUACAUAUUCCCGCACACGACGCCGCUGAGCGCCGGACGACUGGGAAUGGUAACGUCCUGGUGGGGGAGGAGAUCGUUUCUGUGAGCGAGUGGCUCCAGCGCAUCAAGGCGAAGUGGGGGUUGGAGUAA